GACGGUUCCCACCUCUCCGUUCGCAGUGCUAAAAAUCUCCCUUGUGCGCCGCCAUUUUAGCGAAAUUUGUUCCUCGUUUUCGACCAAGUCGAUUGUGAAAAUUACUCGGAAGUGAGAGAAAAGAACGCAGAUCGCCACCCAGCAGGACAGGAAGACCAAGUACGGUGUGACUCAACAAUGGUGAAGGAAACGGGAUUCUACGAUGUGCUCGGCGUGAAACCUGGCUGCUCCCAGGAGGACCUGAAAAAGGCGUACAGAAAGCUCGCGAUGAAGUACCAUCCGGACAAAAACCCGAACGAGGGUGAGCGCUUUAAGCAAAUUUCGAUGGCGUACGAGGUACUCUCGGACCCGGAAAAGAAAGCCAUCUAUGACGAGGGUGGCGAGGCAGCCAUCAAGCAGGGUGGUGCGGGCGGUGCGGGAGGUUUCCACAGCCCGAUGGACAUCUUCGACGUGCUGAUCAACGGUGGUAUGGGUAGCCGAAGGGAGCAACGUGGGCAGGAUUUGGUGCAUCGGUUGCUCGUGACGCUAGAGGAGCUGUACAGCGGCGCAACCCGGAAGUUGUCACUGCAAAAGAGUGUUAUCUGUGAUGGGUGCGAUGGUAUCGGUGGCAAGAAGGGUACCGUGCACAAGUGUACUCCCUGCAACGGAACGGGCAUUGUGACCAAGGUGCACCACAUCAUGCCCGGAUUCAUGCAGCAUAACAAAGUACCGUGCCGUGCCUGCCAGGGACAGGGCGAAGUGUUCGACGAGAAACAUAAAUGCAAAAAGUGCGAAGGCCAGAAAAAGGUGCGCGACAAGAAGAUUCUGGACGUGCACAUCGAGAAAGGUAUGCGCAACGGACAGAAGCUCGUUUUCAGCGGCGAAGGUGACCAGGAGCCUGGUCUACAGCCGGGCGAUAUUGUGAUAACGCUGGCGGAGAAAAGCCAUCCGGUGUAUAAGCGAUCGGGCAAGGAUUUGCUGAUGGAGAUGCGGUUGGAACUGGCGGAGGCAUUGUGUGGCUUCCAGAAGGUGAUUACUACGCUGGACAAGCGAAGCCUCGUCAUCACCUCGCUGCCCGGGGAGGUCAUCAAGCAUUCGGCCAUCAAGUGCAUCAUGGACGAGGGUAUGCCGCAGUGGAAGAAUCCGUUCGAGAAGGGACGGCUCAUCAUCCAGUUCCGGGUCGUGUUUCCGGACUCGCUGCCGGGCGACGCAGCCAAGCUGCUGGAACAAUGCCUACCGCCGAAACCAGCCGAAGAGAUCCCGCAGGACGUGGAAAUGGUCGAGCUGGUCGAGCUGGAUCCAGAACAGGAUUCUCGCAACCAGUACAAGAACGCGUACGAAGAGGACGAGGACGAAGGUGGCACUCCGGGCGUACGGAUUCAGCAGUGUGCCACGAGCUAAAUUUCUCUCCUCGAACCUCUUCCCCCAUUAACGUCGCGACGUGGCUCUAGGUGUUGUUAGUGUGGCUGGUGUGUUGCAUCAUUAUACGGCGCUUUUCAGUAUACCGUACGAUAGCGCGCGCGUUGUGUGUUUUCUAAACAUGCACGUGUAUCCUGAUGCAUCACAACGGAAUCGAAGUAGGGAGUAAACUGUGCGACGACAGCACGGGUAAUUGAACAGCACGUAUUGAAAAUAUGAAGUAAUAAGAUGAACAAAUUGUCAGUUUACUGUCCAGCAGUUGUUAAACCACCCAUACCGAGGGACAAGAAAAAGGGCAAACACUCACACACAUGCAAAACCAACCAGAACUACGCAGCAGUGUACGGUGCGUUUGGGCUCGUAUUCCUUGCGCGGAAUUCAUUACAAUAAAUUAUUAGCACAUCUAUCCGGAUUAAAGGUAACACACUUAACUCAACCAAACAAAAUCCCAACUGCGAACUUACUGCAAAACAAAUGAGAACCAAACCGGGCAGGAGCACGAACCGAAAGCAAGGGAAUAUGCUACUAGUGGGUGAUAUUUAGGGAAAACCACGGGGACGGAUUACUGGAGCAGAAGGGGAAUAAGGAUGGUCAAGGUGGGAAUUGCUUCGCUUUAAGCCAAAUCGUUGGGGAUAUCUAGAACAAAACCGCGCGAAUGAAGACUACAUUAUCCCGUUUCCUUUUCUGGCAAGAUAUGCACCGUACCGUGUGUAACGUUAUCUCCGCAAGUAGACACCAUUUUUUCGCUUUAACCCCACUGAUCUGCACCCGUUCCUAAGACUCGGUAGGCUAUGAUAUGAACCAGCAAGACAUGUAACAAUAUUCGAAUGGUAAUGUGUAACCGGUGAUGCAGGGCAAGAUACGAAACGAAAGUGCUACUACUAUUCCGGAGAUUAUUUAUACUCCAUCCGACCUUGACCUUCCUACGUUUCCCAGCCCUACUGGCUCUUUCCGCCUUUUCCUCAAGAGGUUUAUUUUGACCAGGGCUAACAUUAUGUUUUAAAGCUAGAUUCAUUUCGAUUCCUCCCUGCAGCUGAUAGUUUUUGAGAGCGCGUGUGUAAAAUAGGUACAUAUUCGAAAAUUUCCCUGUACGUGUUUCAUAUGAACGGAACGAAAUAAAAUUUCAUGUAGC